CGCUGUAAGCUUCGAGAAGUCCAAUACUCAACUGAUAGUGCCAAAGGAGUUAUUCUUAACAAAUUUCCUGUGGAACAGUUUUAAAAGAUGGCUCGUUUAGGUUGUCUCGUAUGGUCUGGUCUAGUUCUGUUCGGCGCGCUCUAUAUAUUUCAAGCACUCGCAUUGACAAGUUAUAUGGUAAGAAAUAUUGAUACAGCGUACUGGGUCUUUAUUCCACUGUUCCUACCCGCUCUAAUAUUCUUGAGCUGUUUCGGAUGUUUUCUGCCAAAAGUUAUGCACGAGAAAGCGGUUCGCUAUGUCUGGUUCGUGUGGUUUUUAUAUACCAUUGUACUGGUGCCUGCCGUUGCGAUAAUAUUCACAAAAGCUGUUCCAGAAUUGAGUACCUCAGAUACAUUUGGUCCUAAUGUUUUAAAAACAAUGCUAUGUAUAACACCUGUUUUGCUCAUACUUCUACUCAAUGUCACUAUUUCGCCACCAAAUCGAAGAUUUAUCGAGAGAGUGUCUACCUCAACUGCAUUAGAUUUAUUCGACAGUAUCGAAAUGCUGGCAAUAAUAUUGGAACAAAAGCAAUUUAAAGAGGGCUCAUUCGAGCUUGACAGCUCAAUUGAGACUGCCAUAAUUGUGUUCGUUUGUAUUAGUCUGUUCAUUUCUCCCUUCGCAUUAUUUCAAAAUAAAGUAAGGUAUGGUGAAGUUACGGUGCGAAAGAAGACGAUGUUGGUUCGUACUUCAAUUCAAGUCUUUUUAGUCAACUUGACAUUUCUGGUUAUGAGAUUCAUUGUGUGGUUCCAUUACGAUUAUGACGCUUCAAUAUUUAUCACAAAGAACAUCAUUUCCAUAGUGAUUAGUGGUAUUGAAAUUAGCUCUGUCUUUGGCUAUUUCAAUUGCGGUAUUGACAACAACGAAACAUUUAAUGUGUGAAAUAUUUAAUGUUCGAAACUAGGUAUAUCAACAACUACCGUUGAUUUAACAAUUUUUUGCAAGUUGCGGCGUAGGGAUUUAUGAACGAAUUAAACGUCUCUUUAAUAUUGUGUUCAUUUGUAAAACCACUAGAGCACAUAAUGAAACCGUUUACAGAACAGCAAUUGUUUAUGACUUGCUCGUCUGCACAGGCCACUUUGACAAUUUUUACUAUGACAAGUACACUGUCUUGUUCAAAGCAUAUUAUGAUAGCCUUUGAACAAGUGCUCUUGUAAAGGAAAAAAAUUGGAAAACUACAAAUUUUGUUCAUCCGUAUGGAUCAACAAAGAACAUUUGACAAAGUAUUAGCAAUGUAAACACUAUAGCAUGCACGUGGUUGACCAGUCGUCAUCAGUUGUUAUAAUAGGUGGUAACAGUUAAGGUGUCGUUCAAAAGGUCGAAACUUGUCACUAUAUAAAUUGUAUUGUACAUUAACACAGUCACGUGCAAUUGACAAAGAAAACUUUCUCGUAAUACAUGCUCUUAAUCGACUAUACGAUUUGAAAGACAUAAUAAAAAACAUCAUGCAUGCAGUGACAUUGAUACAAUUUGCAUCAAGAAAUAAAUAAUUCAGCUAUACGAGUAAAUGCUCAAGUUAUUUCGCAAUGCGUUGAUGUUAUGAAAAAUAUCGCAAGCCAUGCAAUUAUGUACUGUUUAAUAAACGAGCAGGAGUGUUUUAUGAGGUUUAAAGUCACGAGCGCGCAGCGCGAGUGGCUUUAGACCUAAUGAAACACGACCUGCGAGUUUAUUAAAGUGCAUAUGACAGGAAGUUUUUUAUUUUCUUAAAUGAAAGAACUCUCUAAGCUGUAGUGUAACUUAUUUUUUCAGUUUCUUGUUUUCAUGGUUUGUUCCCGAGAUAUUUCAAUUUGUUUGUUAUGUGAAUGAGUGUGAAUAUGUCCGCUAAUUUAUGACGUCACGUUGGUUGCAAGCUCAACUUACACUGGUUAUAAAUCUAUUAACUCUAAAAUCUGUAGAUAUCAGCUCACGUUUUUCUUCAGUAUUUUAUCACAUUUACAAGUGAGUGAAGUUAGAAAUUCUUAUCUUGGAUGAUGGCCGUGAUAUUCAACCAUUUUGAAGAGAUUGCAACCAACGUGACGUCAUAAAUUAGCGGACAUAUUCACACUCAUUUACAUACCAAACAAAUUGAAAUAUCUUGAGAACAAACCAUAAAAACAAGAAACUGAAAAAUAAGUUACACUACAGCUUAAAGAGUUCUUUCAUUUCAGAAAAUAAAAAAAAUCAUGUUAUAUGCACUUUAAAGGCUUCAAACACGACUACAAAUUCAAUAGAUAUACUGCCUUAUUAGUAUUCUUUAUAUAAAGAAUACUAAUUAGGAGUGUUUUAUCAGGUUUAAAACCACUGCACGUGACAUAUUAUGGUUGACAUGAUUGCCAAUAAGCUUAUGAAUUAUUAAUGUGUGUUGUGAGU